GUACUUACAAACAACUCAAAUACAAUCCGUAAUGAGAAUCCAGGUGAGCAAAUCUACCUGUCAAGAUUCAAACCCAAUCAUCUUUUCAGAAUCUCCAUCACUAUAAUAAGAAUACCACCCAAUCCUUAAAUAUGGGAGAAGAAAAAACUGACUCACCCCACCAAAAUUAAAAGUAAAAAGAUAUGGCAGCAACUUUCUCUCUCCUCUUUUUUCUCUCCCUCUCUCUCUUCAUAUCUCUUAGCCAAUCAAAAUCCACCUACAUAGUCCACGUGUCAAAAUCCCAUUCGCCCACCACCUUCUCCUCCCCAAAAGACUGGUACUCCUCCAUCCUCCACUCUCUCUCCUCCUCCGCCACCACCACAACCACCCCUCCCCACCUCCUCUACUCCUACACUCACUCCUCAACAGGCUUUGCGGCCCAUCUCUCUGAGGCCCAAGCAGCCCACCUCCGCCGCCAUCCUGCCGUCCUAUCUAUCCACCCUGAUCGGGCCCAUCAGAUUCACACCACCCGUACUCCUCACUUUUUGGGUCUUCAAGAAGGGUCUGGUCUCUGGCCCAACUCCCAUUACGCCUCUGACGUUAUCAUUGGUGUUCUUGAUACCGGUAUCUGGCCCGAGCUACCUAGCUUCUCCGAUGAUGGGUAUGAUCACGUGCCUUCCACGUGGAAAGGCUCCUGCGAGGUGGGCCCCGAAUUUCCCGCCGAUUCUUGUAAUCGGAAAAUCAUCGGCGCUCGUGCUUUCUUCAAAGGGUAUGAGGCAUCCAAAGGGCCGAUGAACGUAACUAAAGAGUCAAAAUCACCACGAGACACCGAGGGGCAUGGGACUCAUACAGCCUCAACCGCAGCUGGGUCAGUGGUUCCCAAUGCUGGAUUUUUCGAGUAUGCUCGUGGGGAGGCUCGGGGGAUGGCAACAAAGGCUCGCAUUGCAGCUUACAAGAUCUGCUGGAAAACUGGUUGCUAUGAUUCUGAUAUUUUGGCUGCCAUGGACCAGGCUAUUGAGGAUGGAGUCCACGUGAUCUCGCUCUCUGUUGGAUCUUCAGGAUUGGCACCGAACUUUGAUGAUGAUAGCAUUGCUAUUGGUGCACUACAUGCUGCCCAAAGUGGGGUUUUGGUGUCUUGUUCAGCUGGGAAUUCUGGGCCUGAUGCUUUUACUGCAACGAAUAUUGCACCUUGGAUUUUGACUGUGGGAGCAUCCACCAUUGAUAGGGAUUUCCCAGCGGAUGUAGUGUUGGGAGAUGGGAGGAGUUUUAAGGGGGUGUCUUUGUAUUAUGGGGAUGGUUUGAAUGACAGUGUUUAUUUGGAGUUGGUUAGAGGUGCUGAUUGUGGCAGUAGACUUUGCAAAGCAGGUGAACUUAAUUCAUCACAAACAGCAGGGAAGAUGGUGAUAUGUGACAGAGGAGAUACUGCUCGAGUGGCCAAGGGUGAUGCAGUCAAACAAGCUGGAGGUGCAGGAAUGAUUCUGGCUAACACAGCUGAAAGUGGUGAAGAACUGAUAGCUGAUUCACAUUUAAUCCCUGCAACUAUGGUAGGUCAAACUGCCGCGGACCAAAUCAGAGACUAUGUUUCAUCGGCCCCUAACCCAACAGCCACAAUCAAGUUCAAAGGAACUGUGAUCGGCCCCUCACCAUCAGCCCCGAGAGUAGCAGCCUUCUCUAGCCGAGGGCCCAGCCAUCUAACACCCGAAAUCCUCAAACCUGACGUCAUAGCUCCUGGGGUUAACAUCUUAGCUGGUUGGACAGGGUCUUCUGCACCUACAGACCUGGAGAUUGACCCAAGGAGGGUUAAGUUCAAUAUCAUAUCAGGAACUUCAAUGUCCUGUCCACAUGUUAGUGGGUUAGCUGCUUUGCUUCGAAAUGCUUACCCCAAUUGGAGUCCUGCAGCUGUAAAGUCUGCCCUUAUGACCACAGCUUACAACCUUGACAACUCCGGUAAGAAUUUUACAGAUCUUGCCACAGGAAAGCAAUCCUCACCGUUUGUUCAUGGAUCAGGUCAUGUUGACCCUAACAGGGCUCUCAACCCUGGUCUAGUCUAUGACAUUGACACUAGUGACUACAUCGCCUUUUUAUGUUCCAUUGGGUAUGAUUCAAAGAAGAUUGCCAUAUUUCUCAAAGAGUCUGCAACUGUUGAUUGUGGUGCAAAGAAUUUGUCUACACCCGGAAACCUAAACUACCCUUCGUUCUCAGUCGUGUUUGAAUCUGGGAAGAAUGUGGUGAAAUAUACUAGGGUGGUGAAAAAUGUUGGAAGCUCAGCUGAUGCAGUUUAUCAAGUUAGUGUGAAAUCACCACUGAAUGUAGAUGUCAGUGUUUCUCCAAGUAAGCUUGAGUUCAGUGCUGAGAAACAAACACUAUCUUAUGAGAUAGUUUUUACAAGCAAUAGUGGAACUUAUCUAACUGGUAAAAAACCAAUACUGGGAACGUCGAGUUUUGGGUCGAUUGAAUGGAGUGAUGGAAGUCAUCGUGUAAGGAGUCCUAUUGCAGUGAGAUGGAUUGAGGGUACUCAACAACAUUUCGUAGCUUCGAUUUGAGUUCGACUUUGUAACAAAGAUGUUAAUGGUGAAAACUGCAGAGUAUCUUAUGUUCAGAUUUCGGGUCAUGAUUAUAUUGAGCCUGCACCCUUCUCCAUUUCUGAAUUGUUGUAUUGUAAACAUUCUUUUUCCACUGUAUAUUUCCUGUUACAUAUCUGAUGCAUGAGUUUACUUCCUUUUUUAUCUGUGAUAAAUUGAUAAUACAGAACUUAUUAAGUUUAGGUUCUGCACUUUGAUUUUUCA